AUCCCUUCCGCAAAUAUUUGUAGACUUUAGUCAAAAGGAAGUUUCCAGAAAUUCCAUCAAUAUUUAACAGCUCUCCCUCUCCGCAGCGUGUUAAACCUACACACAAAUACAUAUACGCCGCCUCGAGACCACCACACGCCAAAACUGCCUUGUUUCUUCUCUUUCUCUCUCUGUAUCACAAACCAAACCAAAACUCCUUUCUCUCUCUAGAAAAACAAGAAGGGAAAUUGAAUGGCGUCGUUCGGAGAAGCACCAGCAGGCAACAAAGACGUGGGAGCAAAGAUCUUUAAGACCAAGUGUGCUCAGUGUCACACCGUUGAACAAGGCCAAGGUCACAAGCAAGGACCCAAUCUCAAUGGGCUUUUUGGAAGACAAUCUGGAACAACGGCCGGAUAUUCCUAUUCGGCUGCGAACAAGGGCAAGGCUGUGAUCUGGGAAGAGAACACUUUGUAUGAUUACUUGCUCAACCCCAAGAAGUAUAUUCCUGGAACUAAGAUGGUUUUCCCGGGACUGAAGAAGCCACAGGAACGUGCAGAUCUCAUUGCAUACCUGAAGGAUGCUACUGCAUAAGUUACUUCUUCUAUGAUGUUGAGCAGUUUUUAGAACUACAAAGGUGAAUGAGAAAGGAGCAAACAAACUACAAUUUCUUUCCAUAAUAAAUAUACUUCUGAGCUACUCUGUUCUUGUUCAUUGAGUGCUGAUGUAGACUCUGGUUUUUGAGAUGAGGUGAUAUUUGACACCAAAACAGUUGAUUAUGUCAAGAUUUUAGAUAGUUAUAUAUCAUAUGAUUAUUUUGUCAAA